UGAUGCCGUUUGAUGAUCUCAAUGUUCAUAACAACGUCAACGAACAGAUCGAGCUUUAUAACAUUUAUGUCUCUCUGGGGAGAUCUUGGCGAAUAAACCAUGUCUGAUUGGGUUGAGACAGGAGCGACUGACAAGGAGUUGUGCAGAUACUGGGACAGCUGUUUUAAAAAGGACUCCGAACACAGACAAAGAUUCUUGCAUCCAGAGAAUUUCACGGAUAAUGCAGAAACAUCUAGUGCUUCUGCUCAACCAGUGAUCACAUCAGAACAUGAUACUGGAGCCCAUGGUGACGAUCUAAAGGCAGAUCUAGGAAAGGAUGAAUUCAGGCUUAUACUCGUGGGAAAGACUGGUGCAGGAAAGAGCUGUACCGCCAAUACAAUCCUCGGCGAGAAUACUUUCCAGAGUUUGCCCAGUUUUGCCUCCCUAACAAGUGUUUGCGACUUUGGUAAGAAGAAAAUGGAGGAUAAGGAAUUGAUCGUCGUAGAUACUCCUGGAUUUAUGGACAAUCGUUUCGACGAAAGGCAACUGUUUGCCGAAAUUAUAAAAUGCGUUGGUCUUGCUGUUCCAGGCCCCCAUGUUUUCUGUAUUGUCAUUCAAAUUAAUCGCUUCACCGAGGAAGAUAACAAAGUUAUUGAAUUUAUGAAGAAGCUGUUCGGUGAUGGAAUGAUGCGCUAUUCGAUUAUGUUAUGCACACACGGGGAUGGUUUGGAAGAUAGUGGUCUUUCAAUUGAUCGUUUGUUCGAAACUGCACCUGAAUGUCUCAAAAAUCUGCGCCAUGAUUGUGAUGAUCGGGUGUUCGUUAUAAAUAAUAAAGCUGCCGACCGCAAAGAAGAGGGAGAUAGGCUUUUGCAUGCCUUAGUAUCGUGGGGAUUCGGAAAUGAAUACUACACCGACCCGCAUGGAAUGAUGAAGGCCAGUGCCAGGGCUUUCUUGGAUAAAAUAGACGAGACGCCCGGAUCAAGUAUCGGGGACAUCCGUUCCACAUUAGUGGGUGCAUGGGAGAAUGCCAAACCGAUGCUGCGGGUACUCGUUCCCAUUGUUGGUCAAGUACUUACCGUUGCGGGGCAUCCUAAGUUCGCCGCAAUCGUCGGCAGCCUUAGUGACCUUCUGGACACGUAUGUUCUUGGUUAGAUAGAUGCUAUAACCCCGAGAGUUGUUUACAGUAGAAUAGCUGAAUGGAACAUGAACACAUUGACUUGUGAACAAACUUCAACACCUUAUUAGGAAGGCAAAGUAUCUUCCUUAUAAAAUGUUUUUUGCGAACUGUUAGGGCCUUGGAGAUUGACUUCAAUUAAAUGUAUUCCUGGUAACACACAGUUAUCAAUUAUGAAUAUAAAUUGUAAAUUCACACAUAGUUUAGUAAAGGCAGGUUGUGUCCAAAUAUAGCCAAUUAGAACACGCUAUUUCACGUAACUGCAUUCCGUUUUAUAACCAAUAACGAACUCAAGGUCACUAGCUAGUUAAACGGUUGUCAUGGUGAUACUUGCCAGCUU